AUGGACCGCAGGACCAGCCUGGCGUCCCUGGAGGAUCAGCUGCGGUGCCCGGUGUGCCUGGACGUUUUCGCCGAGCCCCUGAUGCUGCAGUGUGGCCACUCCUACUGCAGGAGCUGCGUGCGCUCCAUGACGGUGGACCCCUUCGGCCAGCUGCAGUGCCCCGUCUGCCGAAGCGACGUGGACGGGGACAGCCCCCCGCCCAACGUCACCCUGGCCCGGAUCGUGGACGCCCUGCGGGAGCUGGACAGCUCCAGGGCGGAGCCCGAGACCUGCCCGGAGCACCGCAACCCCCUGAGCCUGUACUGUGAGGAGGACCAGGCCGUGAUCUGCGGCAUGUGCGGCAGCAUCGGGGCGCACCGCAGCCACCACAUUACCCCCAUCAGCAGCGUCUACAGCCGCAUGAAGGAGGACAUUUCAUGUCUGAUGACAGAGUUGCAGACACAGAGGAGAAAACUGGAAGAGCAGAUUUGUAAAAUGGUUUACAACAAAUCACGUAUAACAAACGAGUCUGAUGUCCUCAAGUGGGUGAUCCGCAAAGAGUUCGGGGAGCUGCGGCGCUACAUCGAGCAGGAGGAGGCUGGCUUCAUGCAGACGGUGGAGAGCACCGCUGCCACCUUGAUCGCCUCCAUCCAGACCCAGGUGGAUGACAUGACGCAGGUGCUAGGCAAGUUCCAGGAGGCUGAGGGCACGCUGGAGGGCUUGAACAAUGAGAGUCACCUGGGCUUCAUCACGAAAUAUGGCUCCAUCGCUCCAAGGUUCAGGGAGUGCCAACAGAAGCAGCAGCGGCAGGAGCGGACAUACAGCGCCAUCAACUUCAAACCCGGCUUCAAUCACCACGACAUCAAGAUCACUGUGUGGAAGAGGCUGCACAGGAAGGUCUUUCCCGCCCCAGAGCAUCUGAAGCUGGACCCCCUGACUGCUCAUCCGAUGCUGCAGCUCAGCCGAAGGGACACGGUGGUGGAGUGUGGCGUCCUGCCGAAAAGCCUCCCCAACAACCCGGAGCGCUUCAGCUACAGCUACUGUGUGCUGGCCAGCCGCGGCUUCUCUUCAGGCAAACACUACUGGGAGGUGGAGGUGGAGGGCAAGCCGAAGUGGCGCCUGGGGCUUGUCAAGGGCACCGCCAGCCGCAAGGGCAAGCUGCCCAAGAGCCCAGAGAGCGGCGUUUGGCUCAUCGGACUGAAAGAGGGCCGUUUGUACGAGGCCUUCGCCAACCCCCGUGUUGCCCUACCGCUCACCUCCCACCCUGGCAAGAUCGGGAUCUUCCUGGACUACGAGAAGGGAGAGCUGGUCUUCUACAACGCAGACAGCCCCCACGAGCUGGGAUUCAUUUACAAGUUCCAAGCGGAGCUGCAGGGCAAGGUGUACCCCCUGUUUGAUGUGUGCUGGCAUGAGAGGGGUGCCAACAAACAGCCCAUCACCUUGUGCCAGCCUGGGGUGGAGAAAUAA